AUGGCGAACUAUCUUGCUUCAAUCUUUGGAACUGAGCAGGACAAGGUCAACUGCUCUUUUUACUACAAAAUCGGCGCGUGCCGUCAUGGCGAUCGAUGUUCGCGAAAGCACGUAAAGCCUUCAUACUCGCAGACGAUCCUCCUACCAAACCUUUACCAAAACCCAGCAUAUGACACCAAGAACAAGAUGAACCCGAGCCAGCUGCAAAACCACUUCGAUGCCUUCUAUGAGGAUUUCUGGUGUGAAAUGUGCAAAUAUGGUGAGCUGGAGGAGGUAGUCGUGUGCGAUAAUAAUAAUGACCACCUAAUCGGAAACGUAUACGCGCGAUUUAAAUACGAAGACUCUGCACAGCAAGCCUGCGACGCGCUCAAUUCUCGAUGGUACGCUGCGCGACCGAUAUACUGCGAACUAUCCCCCGUCACCGAUUUCCGAGAAGCGUGCUGUCGUCUGAAUAGUGGGGAAGGAUGUGUGCGCGGGGGGUUCUGCAACUUCAUACACCGGAAGGAACCGAGUCCUGAGCUGGAGAGGGAGCUUGAGCUGUCGACGAAGAAGUGGUUAAAGAUGAGAGGGCGGGAUGAACGCAGCGUCACUCGCAGUCCCAGCCCGGAACCAACUAGGAGGAGAUAUUGA